CUUCCCUAUCUAUCCUCACCCAUUUUCUCUCCAUCUCCACCUGCUUUCUUUCCACCACAUCCAAAUGGGAAACUCAUAGGAUUUCUAAUUUUUCUCUCAGGCUCGGUGGUUGCAGCAACAGCAUAUUGGAACAUUUUGAAAACCCAAAAAGCUGAUAGCGUUGAAUUGGGAGACGAGUUGAAGAAGUACUGUGAGAGUUGGAGGAUCAAUGUUUAAGUGAACAGCAUUAGAGGGUUUGAUGUUGCACCCCAAGAAUGUGUUGGGUACAUUAAGAAAUACAUGACGUCUUCUUAGUACAAGGCUGACUCACAGAGGCCCUGGAGGAGCUGUCACUCUCUACUUAGCAGCAGCUGCUGCACAUUGGAGGGUGAUGGCAAGGAUGCUUGGAUUUUUGAUGUCGAUGACACACUUUUCUCCACCAUUCCUUACUGCAAGAAACACGGUUUCGGGGGAGAGAAGCUGAAUGGGACUUGUUUGGAGGCAUGGUUGAGAGAAGGCAAGGCACCAGCUCUUGAGCACACACUGAAGCUCUUCCAUGAGAUCAAAGAUAGUGGAUCAAGAUCUUUUUAAUCUCUUCAAGAGGGGCAAAAUUGAAGCUCAUCAAGUGUGGAUAAUCUCGUUGGAUACCAUGGAUGGACUGGUCUCAUAUUAAGGCAUAUAUGGAAAUAUCAUCACGAGUUCAAGGAAGUGCAAACAUACAAGUCUGAGGCAAGGCAUAGACUGAUCGAUGAAGGUUACCGCAUAUUGGGCAUCAUUGGAGGCCAGUGGAGCAGUUUUGAGGGACUUCCCAUGGUAAAAAGGACAUUCAAAUUACCCAAUAACUCCAUGUACUAUGUAUAGCAUGAGAAAUUUCAAUGCAUGCAUUGCUGUGAAAAUUCUACAAUAUACCGGCGUAUGAAUGCAAUGGUGCAGUUGAGGACUGAAUUUGUGUUCCUUAACCUAAACAUUCCAAUCUAGCUAUUUAAAAAUACGGUGCAUCACAUACACUGGUGUAAUGUAGAAAGACU